UUACAUCAACUUCUGAAUUUUUAAUCCAUUAGCGGUAGAACCUCCUUAAUGGAUUGAGAGUUUUGUUCAUGUGAUGCGUGGGACUCAUUGUCACUGGGUCCCGUUAGCGGUUGCUUAAAAAAGUCCGUAUCGGUAGAUUGAUCAAUUUUACUGCAGUCUACCUCUAAACGGCCUCGGACUUUCAUUUGGGUACUCUUUAUGGCUCGUUGUCACUGGGUCGCGAACCUAGCUUUUUUAUUAUAAAAAUAGGUACCAAGUAAUGUUGUAAUUUUAAAUCUACAUCUCACUGUAUUUUACCCCUGUUACAAAUACGUAUGAAUCAACGGGCACGCAUGAAUUGCAUGCGUCUUCAUACAUAUCGGGAUAUUGCAUCGCAGACGCGCGUUAAUCAUACAUUCGCGUACGCAACUUUUUAAAAUGAAUUUAUUGUUGUUUAAUGUGCUCAGCCAAUUUUUAGAAAAAAUAGACGCGGAAAGAAUAAAAACAUUUGUUAUGAAAGAAACGGAACAACCUCAGACAGAAAUGACAAGCCAGAUAGCUGCGUUUACAGGUCCAGUGAGGCAGAAUGAAAUACCGGAAGAAGCUAACCCGGUAAAAAUCGAUGAUCAUGAUUAUCGAAAUAAAGAUGUAAUAGAGAGAAAUGGGUUUAAUUAUAUUUGUGGAUACUUGAUAUCAAAGUGUCGAAAAAAACAUUCUUGUGAAGUAUGUGAGGUAUUUGCUAACGAUAAAGAAAACUUAGAUCCUGACAAUUUGUACACAUCAUUUAGAACUUACAAACCUACAGAGGACAACGAAUACGGUGGUCUGUGUCUCCCAAAUAGUGCGUUCAUGGCGUACAUUUCCAAACUAUAUGAUAUCUUUUUCAAUUAUUUAAAUGAGCAUAUGUUGGAUAGUAAUCUAUUACAGACAAUUAUUGUAAUGUUAAAAAGUGUUCCAUGCCCACAACCAUGCACCAAUUUCCCAUUAAGCUAUUUACUAGCACUGUGCGCCAGAGUGCGAUUAUAUUUUACAUUAAAAUUUGUAAAUAGAUCAUUUAAGACUCAAGAAACGGACAAAAAAAUUAUCAUUCUUCAGCAUAGAUGA